AAAUAGCAAGAGUAUGUAACACCAAGCAAAGUCAUAUAUGUUCUCUUAACCUUCAAAUUGUUCAUAGUAAUUUAUUUGUUCUAAUUAAUCACUAUGUUGUUAUUCUCUAAUAAUAAUUUUGCAGCUGAAAAAUGGCUAGGAUUUGUGACAGCCAUAUGGGUUCAAGCAAUAUGUGGAAACAAUUAUACAUUUGCAAACUAUUCAGAUGUGUUAAAGUCUCUAAUGGCUCUAACUCAGAUGCAGCUUAAUGAUCUCUCUGUUGCUAAAGAUGUUGGCAAAGCUUUUGGUAUUUUAUCAGGUCUUGUUUCUGAUCGUUGGCCAACUUCAGCUAUUCUUAUCAUUGGUGCUAUUAUGGGAUUCAUUGGUUAUGGAGCUCAAUGGCUUGUUGUUAGCCAAAGAAUAGCCCCUCUUCCUUAUUGGCUGAUGUGUAUAUUCUUGUGUAUGGGUGGAAACAGCAGCACAUGGAUGAACACAGCAGUACUUGUAACUUGCAUGAGAAACUUUCCAAAAAAUCGUGGUCCAAUUUCCGGCAUUCUAAAGGGUUAUGUAGGACUCAGCACAGCAAUCUUCACUGACAUAUGCACAGCUUUAUUUUCCUCAGACCCAUCGAAGUUUCUAUUAAUGCUCACAAUUGUUCCUGCCAUCAUUUGUCUCAUUGCUGCUAUUUUCCUUCAUGAAACUCCACCAGCUUCAACUUCCACAGAAGAAAAUAAAGAGACGCAGUUCUUCAAUGUGUUUAACUUGAUUGCAGUUACAGUAGCUGUUUAUCUCUUGGCAUUUGAUAUCUCUGGACCUCAUAAACAUGUUAUUUCAUUGGUUUUCACAGUAGGACUUUUGAUCCUAUUAGCUAUGCCACUUCUUGUUCCUUUAUAUUUGGUCGUAUUCAAAACUAGGCCUAGUGUUGACAAAGAAAAAGAGGUUCAUGAACCUUUGUUGGCACAAAAGGUUUCAGAAGAAAAGGAAGAGACACGCACCAAGGAAGAGGAAGUUGAGAUUAAAAGAAAACCGGUGAUAGGUGAAGAGCAUACAAUCAUUGAAAUGGUUAAAACUAUUGAUUUUUGGGUUUUGUUUGUAUCAUUUCUAUGUGGUGUGGGAACAGGACUAUGUGUGAUGAAUAACUUGGGACAAAUGGGACAGGCACUUGGUUACCAUGAUGUUUCUUUGUUCAUUUCAUUCAUAAGCAUUUGGGGUUUCUUUGGACGCAUUCUUUCUGGAUCACUCUCUGAAUACUACAUCAGAAAAUCAGGCAUGCCAAGGUUAGUUUGGAAUGCAGCAUCUCAAAUUCUGAUGUUUUUUGGUUACAUUGCAUUGGCAAUGGCCUUACCAGGGUCACUAUACAUUGGUUCAAUCUUAGUAGGAAUAUGUUACGGAGUUCGUCUUACUAUAACACCAGCAGCAGCUUCAGAACUAUUUGGUCUCAAAUACUAUGGUUUAUUAUACAACAUCCUCAUUCUCAACCUUCCUAUCGGUUCAUUCAUCUUUUCUGGUCUCAUUGCCGGCUACCUUUAUGAUAUUGAAGCCACCAGUGUGCCAGGAGGCGGAAACACUUGCAGUGGAGCACAUUGUUUCAUGCUUGUGUAUGUGAUUAUGGCUUUCGCUUGUGUAUUGGGGUGUGGAUUAGACCUGUUUCUUGCAUUUAGAACAAAGAAUGUAUAUUCCAAGAUACAUACAGAGAGAAAUCUUGUCAAUUCUCAAGUUCAACACUGAGAUGAUGGUGUUUCUGGACUUUUUUUCGCAUAGACUUAGGAAUUUUUUUAGAAGAGUUUUAUAGCUUAGUUAGAAGAUGAUUUCCAAUGUGUGUUAAUCAAAGGUCACGUGAAUUUGAAAAAAGUUGUGUAUGUAUCGUUAAUGUAUAUAAGAAGUAAUACAUGAGUUGUUUUUAUGCUUGUUUGGCUCUAUUGUGGGAAGCUCAAACUUGAGUUUGCAAUGGCAAACGUAGUUUCACCAUAUAUUUAUGAUGUUUGAUUUUUAUAAUGAGGAUCAAUUUAAUUUUCAGAAUUGGAAAUCAGGACUAUGUGUUAUCAAUAAGAUGGAACUAAUGAUUAGCACUUGGUUA